CGCUGCUGCAUCAACAGGAAGUUGCGUUGAAGUGGGAAAUUCAAACUCCUGAAACACUGCCACCGAAUAAACGACGAACGUCAGUUGUACGAUUUGGGAUAUGCCUUCAAACGACGGGGCAGAGCUGUUGAAAUAUUAUGAAGUUUAUGACACCAUUGGCACAGGUGGUUUUGCCAAGGUCAAGCUUGGCCGACACCUCCUGACUGGAGAGAAGGUGGCCAUUAAAAUAAUGGACAAGAAGACUCUCGGGGGAGAUUUGCACCGUGUGAAAACUGAAAUUGAGACCAUGAAAAACAUGAGCCAUCAACAUGUGUGUCGUCUUUACCAUGUCAUUGAGACCCACAACCGGAUCUAUUUGGUGCUGGAGUAUUGUCCUGGCGGAGAACUCUUUGAUUACAUCAUUGCUAAAGCUCAUUUGUCAGAAGAGGAGACGCGUGUGUUCUUCAGGCAAAUCAUCUCUGCAGUCGCAUAUGUCCAUAACCAGGGCUAUGCGCACAGAGAUCUGAAACCUGAAAAUCUGCUCAUUGACGAUGAUCACAACCUGAAGCUGAUUGAUUUCGGGCUAUGUGCCAAACCUAAGGGAGGUUUGGGAGAUGAGCUCAUGACCUGCUGUGGAAGCCCAGCUUAUGCUGCCCCUGAACUAAUCCAAGGCAAAGCAUAUUUUGGUGCUGAGGCUGAUGUCUGGAGCAUGGGGGUGUUGCUGUACACCUUGUUAUGUGGGAGUCUACCCUUCGAUGAUGACAAUCAAAUGGCUCUAUUUCGGAAAAUCACACAUGGCAAGUAUUGGAAUCCUCCCUGGCUCUCACAAGACAGCAUUUUACUUCUGAAGCAGAUGAUGCAGGUGGAUCCCAAGCGCCGUGUUACAGUGCAACAGCUUCUUGAUCAUCCCUGGAUGAUGAAAGGUUACAGCAGCCCAGUGGGGUGGCAAACAAAACGACCGUUGGGUCAUAUAGAUGAUGACUGCAUCACUGAGAUGGCUGUUCAUAUGAAGCGCUCCAGGCAAAGCACCAUUCAACUUGUGUCUGAGUGGAAGUAUGAUCAGACGACAGCCACAUAUCUCUUGUUGCUUGCAAAGAAGCAGAGUGGUAGACCUGUGCGCCUUUUGCGACAUAUACCUCCCCAAGAAAUCAUCUUUCCACCAAUGUAUGAUUCCACGGGUACUUUCCUUCACUCACCUGCAAUGAUCCUGGAUGACAACGUUUACUCCCCAAGGGGCGCAUACCCUGGUAAAAUGGACAGAUUUGACGGCCUUGAAGAGAGUAAAGAAAACGUGCCCGUGUCCAAUCGCAGUGGGGAUGUGUUUGCCCUACCUCCUCCCAGAACCCCUGCUGGCAUCAAGAAGAACCGUCCAAGGAAAGGUCCAUCCACCCCAAACAAGACUAACACAGGCAGUGCCUGUACAGAGCAGCCGCAGAGAGGAGUAUUGGACCAGUCACCUCAUGCUGCAGAUUUAGAGGCCCUAACACUCAGCCCAGAGAGGAGAUCUCGCUCUUUGGACGCAGCUGGCUGUCAGAGUGACAGUGCUCAGAAGCGCAAGGGAGGGAAGGUCUUCGGCAGUUUAGAGCGUGGGCUGGAUAAGGUCAUUACAAUGCUUACUCCCAGCAAGAAGAGGACAAUUCGUGAUGGCCCUCGCAAGAUCAAAGCCCAGUAUAAUGUGACCUUAACAAGUCAAACUAAUGCAGACCAAGUGCUGCAGCAGAUCCUCGAUGUUCUACCAGGGAAGAAUGUGACCUUUGUACAGAAAGGGUACACUGUGACAUGCAAGACCUUAUCAGACAUGGGAAAGACUACACUGCAUUUUGAGCUAGAAGUUUGUCUACUCCAGAAGCCUGAGGUAGUAGGCAUUCUACGGCAGAGGCUAAAAGGUCAUUCCUGGGUCUACAAAAAUCUGGUUGAAGACAUUCUUUUAAGCCUCAGUAUCUAAUCGGUGUGUGUGUGUGUGUGUGUGUGUGUGUGUGUGUGUGUGUGUGUGUGUGUGUGUGUGUGUGUGUGUGUGUGUGUAUGCAACUGAUGAUGUUUUGUGAGAAUGUUAAAAGACCAAUCACAUUUUUAUUGUAUUUUUCUGUUCGUGUUCACCAGCAUGUCUAAUAUAUUCAAUUGGGAAAAUCUUUUUCAUUCAGCUCCUGAUGCCCAGUCGCCUCUUUGAGUUCAUUCCACCUGUCAUUUUGUAUUUAAAUGUCUUUUAGAUCAUGCUUGAUUUUAUUUUAAUUGACAACUUCUGUAGAAGAAGAUUUUUUUUUGUAAAGAAUAAAUAUAACUGUAUCUUGUAUGAGUUCUAAAUCGCUAGCAUUAAACUUGUAAAUUGUUAAGUA